CGCAUGCGCAAAAAUGCGGCCUCGCUACUAGCUACUCUUGCUAGCAACAUGCCAUGAGCCAUGGCGGCUAGACUGUUGAGUUCAAUCCUGCGUAAAAACGCAGGAUUCUUCGGCGCCAGCAGGUUGCUGGCACCAAAUAAUGCACCGGCGAUCAUUGAUGCUCAGCAUCGUAAUGCCCAUCAAUGGAACCCAGACAGAGAGUUCCUCGAGCAAUUCAACCGACCGGUAAUGUACGCCACGGAGAAGCUCGACUGGAUUCCGCCACAGAACGAGUCUAUGCUGGCGGAUAGCCCCUUGGCGGAGCAAACCAUACAGAAUGUGAAACUUAACUUUGGGCCACAGCAUCCAGCUGCGCACGGUGUACUCCGGCUAAUCCUGGAAUUAGACGGCGAGAUCGUGCUCAGCGCAGAUCCACAUAUUGGUCUCCUGCACCGUGGCACGGAGAAACUGAUCGAAUACAAGACCUACAUGCAGGCGCUACCCUACUUUGAUCGCUUGGACUACGUCUCUAUGAUGUGUAAUGAACAAUGUUUCUCCUUGGCGAUUGAGAAGCUGCUGAAUAUAGACGUGCCACUGCGCGCGAAAUAUAUUCGAGUUCUUUUCGCGGAGAUCACGAGGAUUCUGAAUCACAUUAUGGGCGUUGGAACGCACGCGUUGGAUAUUGGGGCUCUAACGCCUUUCUUUUGGCUGUUCGAAGAACGAGAGAAGAUGAUGGAGUUCUAUGAGCGCGUAAGCGGCGCUCGCAUGCAUGCAGCCUACGUACGACCCGGUGGUGUCUCCUUGGACAUGCCGUUGGGUCUGAUGGAUGAUAUAUACGAUUGGGCCUCCAAGUACUCCGAACGAUUGGACGAGGUGGAAGAUUUGUUAACGGAGAAUAGAAUUUGGAAACAGCGCACUAUCGAUAUCGGUUGUGUAUCCGCGGAGGAUGCGCUAAACUGGGGCUUCAGCGGCGUAAUGUUACGAGGCUCUGGAAUAAAGUGGGAUCUGAGAAAAGUUGCACCUUAUGACGCUUAUCACCUGGUGGAUUUUGAUAUUCCGGUUGGCACGAAUGGCGAUUGUUACGAUAGAUACCUGUGUCGCGUCGAGGAAAUGCGACAAUCAUUGCGCAUCAUCCACCAAUGUCUGAAUCAGAUGCCCGCGGGAGAAGUGCGAUGCGACGACGCCAAGAUUGUACCGCCGCGGCGGGAGGAGAUGAAGAGCAGCAUGGAAGCGCUUAUCCAUCACUUCAAAUUGUUUACCCAGGGUUUCCAAGUACCACCAGGAGCGACGUACACCGCCAUCGAGGCACCGAAGGGCGAGUUUGGCGUAUACCUUGUCAGCGACGGUAGCAGCAAACCGUAUCGGUGCAAGAUCAAAGCGCCAGGCUUCGCCCAUCUCGCGGGUCUGCAACGCUUCGGGCCCAAGCAUUUCCUCGCUGACAUAGUCGCUAUCAUUGGCACGCUGGAUGUCGUGUUCGGCGAGAUUGAUAGAUAAUUUCCUAAUGAUCGAUAAUUUGUAUAGCGUAGAAAACAAUUUAAAAAGUAAGUAAUAUAAAUAUGAUUGUAUUUGUUACAUAUUUAAGAAUUUACGAAACUGGUAUAUAUUUGCGUGUUACGCGUAAUAUCACGCGUGCACAUAACACAUGCGAUGAGCGUAUAAAUAUUGUGUAUAUAUAACUCAUCGCACGGAAUAAAAUGAAAUGAUGAUAAAUA